CAUAUACAUGCAUACCUGUAAAGCACAAAACCUUGAAGCGUAGCCGGGACGUUUUCUCGAGGCCAUGAGUGACCAUGUAGCUUCAAUAUCUUAGUUAGUUAUAUCACUGGACAUUGGACAAUACCUUUAUUCAGUAAACAAAGAUCUGGGCUGCAAUUCCUUUAUCGGACACACAGCUGGUGACUUUCUUACCUGUGUUGGAAUACUGCAGUUGUUAAGGAAAUAGCACUUGUUUGGAAGGAUACUGUAGGCAGAAUGGAGCUGUAGGCAUAUUGGGCAGACACCGUUCCUGCACACUAACGGACCAUUGCUGUGAUGGGGGUCCUGAGGAUGGUGUGCUUCCGUAGACGGAAAUGUCAACAUGCAAUACUCAUACUGGUUCCCGUAUCGCUACUCAUAACCUACAUCUACUUUGUCAACGACGACAGCAUCGCCCAUAUACAACAUCUACAGCGACAGGCGUUAAGGGCAGCCGGUCUGAGGUUCCAAUCGGAUGUCUCUAGCAUGUCUGGGGAGGAGAACGCGAGGGGGCGGCCAAAGCAGGUUCCCGGGGUAGGGGAAAAUGAGAAGGCCGUGGACAUUCCCCGCGGAAGGGAUCGGUUCAUGCCUGCCCCUAGCUACAGGGACGGACUUACGGACAGACUUACACACGAUGAGCAGCAUAAACUGAGGAUACAUACUGUUAAAAAAGGAGUGGAAGGGCUGAAACAGGAAGAGAAGCCUGCAUCUGAAGGUUACGAAUCACAAGGGGGUGGACAGAACCCUGGCGAGGGUGGUGGUCACGGGCCACAGCUGUCCGGCACGUGUGAUAGUGGGAAAUGUAAUCCUACAAAAGACGGCAUGCUCAACAUCCACAUCGUCGCCCACUCUCACGACGACGUCGGCUGGAAGAAGACGUACAUGCAGUACUUCAACGGGAAGUCUGGAGACUUUGGCGAGACUGGAUAUCAUGGCGGAGAGUGUACUCGCUGCAUCCUCAACUCUGUCAUCCCCCAGCUGCUGAAGGACCCCAGACGACGCUUCAUCUUUGUGGAGAUGGCCUUCCUCUCCCUGUGGUACCAAGAGCAGGACAAGCAGAUGCAGGAGGAUGUCAGGAAACUCAUCCGGGAACGUCGACUUGAGUUGAUUAUCGGCGGAUGGUGCAUGAGCGACUCAGCGACGACAUACUACGAUGACGUCAUCGACCAACACACCUACGGCUUCCAGUGGAUCGAACGCCAGUUCGGCGAGUGCGCCAUGCCCCGGAGUGCCUGGCACGUGGAUCAGUUCGGCCACUCCAGGGAACACUCAUCACUAUUCGCCCAGUUUGGCUUUGACGGGCUACUGGUGGGGCGGAUUGACGUCUUUGACCAUGAACGAAGGACAAGGACGCGGAACAUGGAGACGAUAUGGAAGACAAGUCCAGAUAACCUAGGUGACAAGACUGACCUCUUCACCAGCGUCCUGUACGACGGCUACUUCACCCCCGGCACCUACCACGGUGUAAUGGAUGCCAGAAGUCGGAACACGACCAUGGAGAGAUUCAUUGCUAUGGCAACAGAGCGGGCCAAAGGUUUCAAGACAAAUCAUGUGCUAAUCCCCUUCGGCGGAGACUUUGACUUCAGCAGCGCAUCCGUUCAUUACGACGUCAUCGACAACCUGAUCAAACAUAUAAAUGCACAGCAAAAUAACGGCGGCAAGGUGAACGUCCUCUAUUCCACCCCGACCUGCUACAUCAACAGCGUCAACAGAGAAGCGGCAACUUUUGAGACGAUAUCGACCGACUUCUUCCCCUAUGGUAUCAUCCCCAACACCUACUGGACGGGCUUCUUCACCAGCAGACCCGGACUCAAGCGCCAUGUGAAGACGGCCAGCAGCCUGUUGCAGACCUGCAAAAUGCUAGCCGUUUUUGCCGAGUUGAAAGAUUCCGAGCGCGGCGUUGAUGAUCUGAAGGAGGCUGUGGCGAUCCUCCAACACCAUGAUGCCAUUACGGGGACCGAGCAACAACACGUGACAAAUGACUACAACCUGAUACUAAGUGCUGGUGAACAGUCCUGUCAGUCCGUGGUCUCGAGGGCCUACCAGUCCCUACUAGGAGUGUCAAGCACUCUCCACUUCUGUCCACUACUCAACAUCAGCGUGUGCGGGCUGACGGAAAGCAACACUGAGUUUACAGUGCAGGUCUUCAACCCUCUGGGAUGGAACGUCACACACUGGGUUCGACUUCCGGUUCCGGUUGCAGUUUACACAGUGCUUUCCCUUGCAGCAGGAAACUUGCAAAAUCAGCUUGUGCCCAUUGCGGAUUCUACGAAACAUAUUCCAGAACGAGGUUCGUCGGUCAGUGUGGCGGAGCUAGUGUUCAAGGCCGAACUCCCCCCUCUCGGCUACAGCGUCUUCUACGUCCUAAAAGCCAGCGAUCUGAAUCUUCAACCCCAGAUAGUGGAUCACGCAGAUCAGGGCGAUAUUACCAUUGGUAAUCAGUAUUUGUCGCUUGUGGUCAGCGGUUCUUCCGGUCUUACACAGACGUUGAAGAACGUUGCAGCCGGCGUGACCAUAGACUUUGCCCAGUCUUUUCUGUAUUACAUCGGAAGUGAGGGUGGAUACAGAAUCCCUGGGGACAGGAGGGGCGGAAUGGGGGGCUUCUUCGGGGGACACAAGAGAGCGUCCGGGGCGUAUGCAUUUGUUCCCAAGGAAAAUACGCCACCAGUUAAGUUAAUGGGACGUGACGGGAAGGUCAAGGUCAAGGUGGUCAAGGGUACCAACGUCCAGGAGAUACACCAAGAGUUCAGCCCAUGGGUCAGUCAGGUGGUCAGACUGUAUGAUGGGGCGCCCUACCUGGAACUAGAGUGGACAGUUGGACCUAUACCGGAAAGUGACAGGCAGACUAAGGAGGUGAUAUCCCGGAUACAGACUAAUCUGCAGACAAAGAACACCUUCUACACAGACUCCAAUGGUCGGGAAAUGAUUACAAGAAUACUGAAUGUCCGGGAACCGUCCCCCUUUAACGUCACCUGCCCCAUAUCUGGCAACUACUACCCUGUCACAGGACGAAUAUUCAUCAAAGACGAUGAGAAGAAUGUCCAGCUGACCGUCCUUACUGACCGCUCACAGGCUGGCGCUAGUCUCCAGAAUGGGCAGAUGGAACUCAUGGUACACCGCCGAACAUUCAAGGACGAUGACCUUGGCGUAGAAGAACCGUUGGAUGAGAAGGGAGUGGAUGGAAAGGGCCUAAUAAUCAGAGGUAAGCAUUACGUGGUACUGAACAGUGUUGAACGAGCAGCGGAGGACUACCGCCAUCUGGGGCUGCGGGUGCAUCACUUCCCUACGAUGUCCUUCAUGUCGGGGGUGGACAUCAAGGGAAUCAAGACAAAGACUAGUUGGCUGAAGAGGAGCCUCCCGGACAAUGUCCAUCUCUUGACCCUUGACCGGAUCCACGGAGACCCCAACAUGCUUCUUCUCCGACUUGAGAACUGCUUUGAGACGAAGGAACGCUCGCAAACAGCUGAACUGGCUUUACAUGAUUACAUCGAGGGGAUCAAGUCAGUGCGAGAACGCAGUCUCGGAGGCAACCACAACGUCACGGGUGUCAAGCGACUACGCUGGAAGACCAUGGACGGUAUAACAACGCCAGAUCAGAUAAGCGAUGCAGUCACUGACGUCCUUCUUCAUCCAUAUAUCAUAUCAUUAAAGCCAAUGGAAAUUCGAACGUUUCAUAUACACAUAGAGCGGUCUGUGGCGACGUAACGUCAACAUAUUCGUUUAUUUGAUACCAUAUUAUGUAUAAAUGUUGUCUAAAUGAUUUCAAUUGUUGUUCGGGAUGUAAGAGAAAUGGAAAUUUGUCAGUAUUUUACAACCUGUUUAAUAUUUCGUUUCUGGUUUAAUAAAGAACACGUUCUGAAUCACAAAUCCUGAGAUUAGAUUAAGUGACUGUUCCGCUGUGGAUACAUCUUGGGAAGGUAACAUAAUUAAUAUGUAUAUAUUCUGUACAUAAAGUUUUGCGAAUGUUGGUUGUUUUGUUAGACAUGUUACAUGUGUGUUAAAUAGCUUCAGGUUAGCAAACGAAAUGAUGGGUCGAUCGGGUUACAGAAAACAAGUACGUUUAUUUUAGGCAUUACCACUAAGUCUCGAUCUUCUUUAUAACAAUGGUCAAGUGUGUCCGAAUGUGACCGGUGUGUGGACAGUGGGCUGUCCUGUGGAUAUCCUCGUUAUCGUUUAGUACUGCCUUACAGAAAGCUUGGUUUGAACACGGAUUCAAUUUUUGUAAAUAAACACAGAUAUAUAUGGAUAA